AUGGGAAGCUUCAAGCUCUCCUUGCUUUUCUCCCUUCUCACCUUCCUCUUCCUCGCCAUUGUCAACGCCGGGGACGACAUCGGGACGUACGUCAUCCAUGUGCAGCCCCAGGAGGACCGCCAGUUAGGCACGACCGAUGACGACCGGAAGGCGUGGCACCAGUCCUUCCUCCCUGAGCAUGGCCGUCUCCUCCACUCCUACCACCACGUCGCGAGCGGCUUCUCGGCGAGGCUGACGCGGAGGGAGCUCGAAGCUGUCUCCGCCAUGCCCGGGUUUGUCGCCGCGAUCCCGGACGUGAUCUACCAUGUGCAGACGACGCACACGCCGCAGUUCCUCGGGCUGGACACGGCGCUGGGUGUGAGGAACUUGUCCGUCGGGUCCGGCGAAGGCGUCAUCAUCGGGGUGCUCGACACCGGUGUCUUCCCCGACCACCCCUCCUUCAGCGGCUUCGGCAUGAUGCCGCCGCCGGCCAAGUGGAAGGGGAGGUGCGACUUCAACGGCUCCGCGUGCAACGGGCACAAGCUGAUCGGUGCUCGGACCUUCAUCAGCAGCGGCAACGGCAGCGCUCCCGGCGCCGCCCCCGUGCCGCCGAUCGACGGGCAUGGGCACGGCACGCACACGUCCAGCACCGCCGCAGGAUCAGCCGUGCCGGGGGCUCAAGUGUUCGGGCAGGCAAACGGCACCGCGUCCGGCAUCGCGCCCCGCGCACACCUCGCCAUGUACAAGGUUUGCGACGAGAACGGCAACUGCGCCGGCAUAGAUGUACUCGCUGGCAUCGACGCCGCCGUGUCCGACGGCUGCGACGUUAUAUCCAUUUCGCUCGGCUUUCCGCCGCGGCCUUUCUACAACGACAGCGUCGCCAUCGGCACGUUCGCCGCAGCGGAGAAGGGGAUUUUCGUCAGCAUGGCGGCUGGCAACUCCGGCCCGAUCAGCUCCUCCAUAUUGAAUGAGGCGCCAUGGAUGCUCACCGUCGCCGCGAGCACCAUGGACCGUUUGAUCAGCGCUAAGGUUACCCUUGGAGACAACCUCUCCUUCGACGGCGAGUCGCUCUUCCAGCCCGACAACUCAAUGGAGGCCUCGUUGGUCUACGCCGGUGCGAGCUCGACGCACUUGGCCCAGUUCUGCGGCAACGGCUCGCUGGACGGCUUUGACGUUAAGGACAAGAUAGUGCUCUGCGACAGCGGCCGCUACUCGCCGGUGGACAUGGGGGCCGAGGUGCUGAGAGCCGGAGGCGCAGGCAUUAUUGUGGGCAACCAGCUUUUGGAGGGCUACAUCACGUUCCCGGACGCGCACGUCCUGCCGGCCUCGCAAGUCAGCUAUGCUGCUGGAGUGGAGAUCAAGAACUACAUCAAUUCCACGACGAACCCGACGGCAAAUAUCACCUUCCUCGGCACGGUCCUCGGCACAUCGCCGGCGCCGGUCAUCACCUACUUCUCCUCCCGUGGCCCCAACGUCCACAGCCCCGGCAUUCUGAAGCCCGACAUCACGGGCCCCGGCGUGAACGUGAUCGCGGCGUGGCCGUUCCAAGUGGGCCCGCCGUCGAUUGACCUCAGGCCGACCUUCAACAUCCUCUCCGGCACGUCCAUGUCGACGCCACACCUUGCUGGUGUCGCCGCGCUGAUCAAGAGCAAGCACCCAGACUGGUCGCCGGCGGCGAUCAAGUCCGCCAUCAUGACGACUGCCGACGUCACCGACCGCUCCGGCACGCCGAUACUCAACGAGCAGCACAAGGCUGCCAGCCUGUUCGCCGUCGGAGCCGGCCAUGUCAAUCCGGAGAAGGCCAUGGACCCCGGCCUGAUAUUUGACAUUUCCCUGUACGACUACAUCGGCUACCUCUGCGGCAUGUACAAGAGCGAAGAGGUCUCGGUGAUCGCGCGACGCGCUGUGAAUUGCUCGGCCGACAUGGCGAUCCCAGACUACCAGCUGAACUACCCGUCGGUCUCGGUGUUGUUCCCGCCAACUUGGAGCUCGAAUCCUCCAAUAUCGGUGGAGCGCACGGUGUCGAAUGUCGGAGACGUGCCGGCGCUGUACUACCCGGAGGUCGACAUGCCGGCGGACAGCCCUGUGAUCGUCACAGUUUUUCCAGACAAGCUCUUGUUCACCGAGGCGAACAAGGUGCAGAAAUUCGAUAUAGAUGUGGAGGCCAAGAACAGCAGCGCCACGGCGGUGCAGGGCGCCGUCCGGUGGGUGUCUGUCAAGCACACCGUGAGGAUCCCAAUCUCGGUUACCUUUGCCGCGCACUAG